AUGCCCGAUAAGACGGCGUCUGUUGUUUCCUACGCUGCCGGGGCGUCUCUCGCCGCUGCCGCUCUGAUCUACGUCUUCGGUCCGACCUUCACCAUCGACCACGACACCACCAGCUCGCGCAAGAAGACCAUCGUCGGGCUGCGCAAUCAGGCCAACGACUGCUUCAUCAACUCGGUGUUGCAGGCCCUGGCUGGGCUGGGCGAGCUACGAGUCUACCUGAUCCGCGAGACACAUCGCCGCCGGAUCGAAGACCCGGCCGUAUACGCAAACUUGGUGCAGCCCCUGGAUGGGAAGCAGCUUGCGCAGUGGAAGCUUCAGGGCCUUCAGGAUGGGCUGGUGACACAUGGGUUGAAGGAGAUGUUGGACGCGCUUAACGAGCGACCCAUUUCGAAAAAGGCCAUUUCGCCCUUCCCGUUCGUCAAGGUCUUGGAGAUUGCGUUUAAGCAGCGCAUCAGCAGACAGCAGCAGGAUGCGCAGGAGUUUUUGCAGAUUGUGGCAGAGAGGCUCAAGGACGAGUAUCAUGCCGGCCAACGUGCACGCAUGCAUGCUCGGAAGCUGGGUAUCGCGGCAGUGGCCGAAUUGAAUAAUACCAAGGAUGGCAACGACACAGACAGAUCGGAUGACGGAUUUCCACUGGAAGGAAAAUACGAGUCGCAUAUCCAAUGCCAAACUUGCGGCUACACUACCAAGCCGAGGGAGGAGACUUUCUGCAGUCUAACGUUGGCAGUUCCGCAGGUCUCAUCGACGACGCUGAACGCAUGCUUUGACGGUAUUUUUAAGACGGAAUAUAUCGACGACUUCAAAUGCGAAAUGUGUCGCCUGGUGCAGACUAGGACCAACCUCGAGCACGAAAUGGCGAAAUCGACGUCCGAGAGCUUCAAGGCUUUGGCCCAAGAGAACAUUGAGAAGUUGAAGAUGGCUAUAGCGCUUGACCCAGAGCGGCCGCCCGAGGAUGUGGAACUCGGUGACAUUCGAUAUGCGCCCAAGAGAAGGAUCGCCAAGACGACGCGCAUGUCUACGUUUCCUAGAAUCUUGGCCAUCCACCUGUCCCGAUCCAUCUAUGGCAUUGGCCAAGUCACGCAGAAAAACUCGGCCAAGGUGUCUUUCCCUGAGCAGUUGCCGCUUGGAAGCGUCAUCGAACAACGCAAAUACAAGCUUCUGGGUGUGGUGACACAUCGAGGAGGCCACAACAGUGGUCACUACGAAGCCUUUAGGCGACAAAACACACCAUCACCCUACGCAAACAUCAACACGUUUCAGCCGUCUGAAAUCUAUAGCAAGACGCCGACCCCCAUUUCGACACCACAGAUCUCAGCCCUCCGAUCUGACAGCCCUUCCAUAUCGACUCCGGAUUUACUCUCACCCGUGCCUGCCGAUCUCCCCAACCCUCUCACGAACGGCAAAGACCGAGACGGCGAGACCAACAGCCUUCGAUCUGUUGCCGCAUCUACCAAAUCGGCAUUGUCCAAGCUCGCACCUCCCAGGUCAAGCCUCAAUGGAUCCUCAUCACCUAGCCCCUUGGCUGUCAGCAAGCCUCAUCCGCGACCCAAGAAGCGAAAGCCCGCGGACAAGUGGUGGCGAGUGAGCGACGAAAAGGUACGCGAGGCCAAGACAAGCGAGGUCUUGGGCAUGCAGAAAGAGGUAUAUCUGCUAUUUUACGAGCUGGAGUCGGAAGAAUGA